CUCGCCGCCGCCGCCAACCCGGCUCGCGCCACGACGCAGGCCCCGCCCCUCUGGCGCGCUCUCUUCCCGGCGGCGGCGGCAGCGGCAGCGGCAGCAGCGGAGCCUCCAUUUUCUGCUCCUCCUCCUCCUGGACGUCCGCAAACUGCUGCCGCCCUCAGGCCCCUCAGCCGCCGCCGCUCCUGCUGCAGCGCCUCCGCGGGGAGAGAGGAGCCGCCGCCGCCGCCGCCUCACCAGACGCCUCCGCGGGCGCGACGCCCUCCUUCUGCCUCCUCAGCAGCUCCUGCCGCAGCCGCCUCCUCUUCGCCACAGCCAUGAACGAGGAGUACGACGUGAUCGUGCUGGGAACCGGCCUCACGGAAUGCAUUCUAUCUGGCAUCAUGUCUGUGAAUGGGAAGAAGGUUCUUCACAUGGAUCGCACUUACUAUGGAGGUGAAAGCGCAUCUAUCACACCCCUGGAAGAUCUGUACAAAAGGUUUAGCCUGCCGGGAACUCCACCGGAGUCCAUGGGCCGAGGAAGAGACUGGAAUGUGGACCUGAUCCCCAAGUUCCUUAUGGCAAAUGGCCAGCUGGUCAAGAUGUUGCUGUACACAGAAGUCACUCGUUACCUGGACUUCAAAGUGAUUGAAGGAAGCUUUGUCUACAAGGGAGGAAAGAUCUACAAAGUCCCUUCAACUGAGGCAGAAGCCCUGGCAUCCAGUCUGAUGGGCUUGUUUGAAAAAAGGCGCUUCAGGAAAUUCUUGGUGUACGUUGCCAACUUUGAUGAGAACGAUGCCCGCACUUUCGAAGGUGUCGACCCCAAGAAGAACACCAUGCGUGAUGUGUACAAGAAGUUUGACCUGGGCCAGGAUGUCAUAGAUUUCACAGGCCACGCCCUUGCACUGUACAGAACUGAUGACUACCUAGACCAACCCUGCCAAGAAACAAUCAACAGGAUUAAACUGUACAGCGAGUCUCUGGCUAGAUACGGCAAAAGCCCCUACCUGUAUCCCCUUUAUGGCCUGGGAGAGCUGCCCCAAGGAUUUGCAAGGUUAAGCGCUAUCUACGGAGGCACCUACAUGCUGAACAAACCGAUUGAAGAGAUCGUCGUAGAAAACGGCAAAGUGGUUGGAGUGAAAUCGGAAGGGGAGAUUGCCCGCUGCAAGCAGCUCAUCUGCGACCCCAGCUAUGUCCCGGAGAGAGUGAAAAAGGCCGGUAAAGUCAUCCGGGUCAUCUGUAUCUUGAGCCACCCAAUCAAGAACACCAACGAUGCCAACUCGUGCCAGAUAAUCAUUCCCCAGAACCAGGUUAACAGGAAAUCGGACAUCUAUGUCUGCAUGAUCUCGUUCGCACACAACGUGGCAGCGCAAGGGAAGUACAUCGCCAUUGUGAGCACUACCGUGGAGACGAACGACCCGGAGAAGGAAAUCAAGCCUGCCCUGGAGCUCCUUGAGCCUAUUGAGCAGAAGUUUGUUAGCGUCUGUGACCUGUUUGCACCAACUGACCUGGGCAGAGAGAGCCAGAUCUUUAUUUCUCGCACCUACGACGCAACCACCCACUUUGAGACGACGUGUGAUGACAUCAAAGACAUUUACAAGAGGAUGAUGGGAUCAGAGUUCGACUUCGAAGAGAUGAAGCGGAAGAAGAACGAUAUCUACGGAGAGGAGGACCAGCAGUAACGGUGCUUUUUUAAGUCUUAACUUAGAGAUCUAAAUUGGCUGGUGUGGGGGUGUGUGUUAUGUAUACACAGAGGGACUUAAGUGAGCACCGUACAAAAGUUCAAUAUUGUAAAAGCCUGCUUUUUGUAAUCAUAUCUCCAGAGAUUGAAAAAAAAAAGAGUCCUGCACUGGUGAAAACGCUCCUCCCCUCUUUGGAUAUAAUCAUGUGUUAAUUCUUUAAACGAGGUUGCUGUGUCAAAAUUGGCAGAUACUGACGCCCUUGACUUUUUAACUGUUGCUAACUUGACUAAAGGAUGAGCAGAUGCUAAAAGUUCCCUUGCUGACCUAGAUAGUGGGGUGCACAAGCCCAAAUCCCUAACACCCACCUCACUUUCUCCUGACCCCUUUGUAGUCCCCUCCCACCCUGCCUUCUCCCCCACCCUUUUCUUUUUUGAUCUGUGCUCCAGUGAAAGCAAGAGGUGUCCUGCUGACCAUUUCCUCGUCUUUCUGCCAUGCUCCCUCUCUGCCCAGGAGACUCGUCCCAUCCAGUCUUAAACUUCAUCGCAAGCUGCAUUAUGGCCAAAGCCCACAGCAACUGCAGCCACAUGGCAGGAUUUUCACCCGGUGUGCUCCUCCUCCUCCUCCCUCCUUCCCACCUCUGCCCCUCUCCUUAAAAGCUUCUCAAAACGUUUACAUCUGUCGGGACACAACUGUGCCGCAAGGCUUUUUGUGUUUUAAAGGCGAUAACUAAUAAAAACAAAACUUGGUGCAAGAAUGAAACUCCAAAGCAGGCAAGGUGGUGUCUGUGUGUGUGCAAGUAUUUUUCUUCCCCCUCCCUCUCCUCUUCUGUACCACGUCUGGCUUCUCAAGUGGACCAAACUGCGCUGCAGUAUUGAUUUGAUGGAGCCUGUGGGGCUGCUUCUGUCUGGUGGGGAAGGCUCUAGAUGACUUCUGUACUGCCAAGUAAAGCCAACUUCUGGAAAC